AUGACCGUGGCCGUGGACAAGGAAAAUAUCGCGCCAGCUGUCAAGACCCGCGGACGUCUCUACGGCGGCACACCACAAUCCACGGAUCGUCUCAUCAAGCCAUUCAAAUGCCCCGGCGCCAAUGUGCCUUCGAGGGUGUCAGAGAAGCCGGCACGGAAGAGACGAAAGGUCGACUACUCGGGCGGCGACAAUAGCACAGAAGAUGACAAGCCGUACAGCAACGAUGAUCGCCUUGCGCUCGCCACUCGCGACAUCAACCGCUUUCCCGUCUUCAAGCCUCGAGAUCGAGAUACUGCUUUCCGAGCACGCUUCGCUGUCCCGCUCAAGAACAGAGACCCUACGGCAUACGAUGCAGGUCGACCUCCACCGACGCUAGGCCUCAGGCAGGGAGUAGCCUUUGUCGCGAAGCCGCUUCAUGAUCCAUGUGACGAUCUGGCAAUUGUGCUGUACGACCCUACGAUCGACGACAAGCCUGCUGCGAAAGAAGUCGAGAGUGGUGCGAGUCAAGAUGCCGCAGAGAAGGACAAGCACAAGGUCGACGAACCCAUCAUGCAUAAGAGUCUGGCAGAAAUACUGGGCAUCAAGAAGCAGGUGGACACUGAGAGGCCGAAGGUGCCGGUGGUCAUCGAUCCGCGACUGACAAAGGUGCUUCGCCCGCAUCAAGUGGAGGGUGUUAAGUUUCUCUAUCGUUGCACUACUGGCAUGAUUGACGACAAUGCUCAAGGGUGCAUCAUGGCGGACGAGAUGGGGCUGGGCAAGACACUGCAAUGCAUCGCGCUCAUGUGGACACUAUUGAAGCAAUCACCUGAAGCUGGAAAGAGCUGCAUUCAGAAGUGCAUCAUUGCUUGCCCGUCCAGUCUGGUCCGCAACUGGGCGAAUGAACUGGUGAAGUGGCUUGGGAAGGACGCAAUCACUCCAUUCGCAGUCGAUGGCAAGGCGUCCAAGGAAGAGCUGACCUUGCAGAUGCGGCAGUGGGCUUCUGCGACCGGACGAGCUGUCACCAGGCCAGUACUGAUUGUCUCAUACGAAACACUUCGACUGUACGUCCAGGAGCUCAGCAACACGCCAAUCGGUCUGAUGCUCUGCGACGAAGGCCACCGGCUGAAGAAUGGCGAGAGUCAGACUUUCGAGGCACUCAACGGGCUGAACGUCAAAAAACGUGUGAUCCUGUCUGGCACACCCAUCCAGAACGACCUCUCAGAAUACUUUGCGCUGCUCAACUUUGCUAAUCCUAGCUAUCUCGGCAGCAGGCAGGAGUUCCGCAAGCAAUACGAGAUCCCGAUCUUGCGAGGACGUGAUGCAGCUGGCACCGAUGCCGACCGCAAGAAGGGUGAUGAGCGUCUCUCCGAGCUGCUGGUCAAAGUCAACAAAUUCAUCAUCCGCCGCACCAACGACAUCUUGUCAAAGUACUUGCCUGUGAAGUAUGAGCAUGUCGUCUUCUGCAACCUCGCGCCAUUCCAGCUCGAUCUCUACAACUACUUCAUCAAAUCUCCCGAGAUCCAGAGUCUGCUUCGUGGCAAAGGCAGCCAACCGCUCAAAGCCAUUGGGAUGCUCAAGAAACUGUGCAAUCAUCCAGACCUGCUCAACCUGCCCGACGACCUCCCUGGAUGCGAGCAGCACUUCCCAGACGACUAUGUGCCGAAAGACGCUCGUGGUCGUGAUCGAGAUGUCAAGCCAUGGUACUCUGGCAAGAUGCAAGUGCUUGAUCGCAUGCUCGCUCGCAUUCGGCAGGACACGAACGACAAGAUCGUGCUCAUUUCCAACUACACCCAGACUCUCGACGUCUUCGAAAAGCUAUGCCGCAGCCGCAACUACGGCUCUCUUCGUCUCGACGGCACCAUGGCUGUGAACAAGCGCCAGAAGCUGGUCGACAAGUUCAACGACCCUGACGGCCCCGAGUUCGUCUUUUUGCUUUCGUCCAAGGCCGGUGGCUGCGGUCUGAACCUCAUCGGCGCCAAUCGUCUUGUCCUCUUUGACCCAGACUGGAACCCUGCCGCAGACCAGCAAGCGCUCGCUCGCGUCUGGCGUGACGGCCAGAAGAAAGACUGCUUCGUCUACCGCUUCAUCGCCACCGGCACCAUCGAGGAGAAGAUCUUCCAGCGCCAAUCGCACAAGCAGUCCCUGUCAUCCUGCGUCGUCGACUCCGCCGAAGACGUAGAACGUCACUUCAGCCUCGACUCUCUACGUGAGCUAUUUCAGUACCGACCCGGCACGACGAGCGACACGCACGACACGUUCAAGUGCAAGCGCUGCAAAGACGGGAGGCAAGUGAUCAAAGCGCCGGCUAUGCUGUACGGAGACACGAGUUCGUGGAAUCAUUUUGUGAAUGAGGGGGACACGAGUGCGAUGGGGAAGAUUCAGGAUUUGCUGUUGCGGCAGGAGACGGCGGAGAAGGAUUACAUUAGUCACUGA